GGUCCCUGUUGGAGGCCCCCGUGGGCAGGUUGCAAAGGGUAUUACGGCCCGGCAAAGGGCAAAGGCCCCGUCGGGCAGUAAUCCUCGUCAAGGGGCAAAGGCCCCAUUGGGCAAUUAUAAAGGUGUCGCAGCACCUAUUGGGCACGCUAGGAGUAUGCCUAAGAGCGCUGGCAGUAAUAGUGAGGUUUCUUUGGGCAAAGGCGGCGCCCGUGCAGGCGGCGCUUUUGGCGCGCAAAUUAGUGGGAGUGUAGGGGCUAGGCCUCAGGCUCCGGGCGCAUCCCCGGCAGCAGCGAGGAAGGUAGUAACUAGGUCUUCUACCAAACAUGGUUCACCAGAACAGUUUCAGAGUUUAGAUUUAGCGGUUGCAUCCACUAGACGUAAGAAAGCCACCCCUAUCACUCAGAAGUCAGUACAUUUUAGUGAAGAGAUAGAGGACUUUACAGAAGAUGAGCAGGGUGUGUAUGAUGAUGUUGCAAGUGGCGAAGACAACCAUGAUGUGUGUGAGGGGAUGCAUGAACGGUCUGGGCACAGGGGGAGGGGUAGAGCAGACCUUCCCCUUCGUGGUACUCCUCUCUGGCAAUCUCUUUUGCAGGAAAGCGACAUGGCUACGUCAGGAGAUUCAGGCAGCGGGUUGGAGAGAGGUGCUGAGAGCGGCCAGGACUCCAUGGUGUCAGAGGAUGAGCGUCCUUCUACUUCGGGAGUCGUGGCGAUUCCAAACAGGACUGGUGUGAGAGAUGGGCCUAGAAGUGGGCCACUUCGUGCCUGGAUCGUUGGGCACUCGUUCGUACACUGGGCGGCUAUCCGAGCGGCAUCGCAACCUGGAGGGCAGCAGCUUGGGUUCUCAUUCUCCAGGGUGGUAGUUAGGUGGUUAGGGAGGAGAGGCCUUUGCUGGGCAGAUCUGCCUGGGUUACUGCAAUCCGCCAUGAGGCGGUGGGAGAAACCCCAUGUGCUGAUCAUCCACUUAGGUGGGAAUGAUCUCGGCUCAAUUCCCGGCCGGGACUUGAGCGCAGUGAUCCAAUCAGAUCUGCGCACCUUUAAAGCUUGGUUGCCUGGUGUGAGAAUGGGCUGGUCAAACAUUAUACCGAGGUUGACGUGGAGACACAUGGCCAAUCAUAGGGCAGCGUUCCAAGUUCGCAAGAAGCUCAAUAGAGAUGUUAGGAAGCUUAUGUGCGAGCUAGGUGGUUUUGUUGUGGAACACAAGUUCAUUACGGCCGCUGACCGUAGCCUGUACCGAGGCGACGGGGUCCAUCUUACGGACCAUGGCAUGGACCUGUUUAUUGAAGAUAUACGUCAGUCCCUACUCCUAUUUGUGUGAGUUGGGUGGCGGCGAGAGUGGCCCUUGAUAUUCGGGCGAUCUCGUGGCGGGUGGACAGUGUCCGGGGGCAGGAUGUGAUCGAGGUAGAGUGACGGCACUUCCGGCCAGGGAUGAAGUCCCCAGACGCGCGUCUGGGGUGUUCCCUGCCCGUGUGAUUACGAUGCCGAGAAUUCCCUGUUUUAUAGUAUUGAGCUACGCUCUGCUUCUUCUCCUGCGCCCUGGUACUGCCCAUCUUGUUAGCAUGGGUUACUACGUUUUAGCUAGUACCUGAUUGCCGCCCCCCUGGUCCAUGUUUAUUCAGACGGUCGUUAGUUCUUGUGUUGCCACAAUAAACGUGACCUGCGGGUUUUUCUCUAACCAUAAAAAGUUGUUGUGUCGUUAUUUUGUGUGUUAUUUAUUUCUACGUUUAGAAACUAAGUUGAGUUUAUGUUAAACCAAGAAUGUAUAUAGUUAUAAGUUAUUCUUUCCACAGAGGAGGAUAUGGCAUUUAAUCCCUUAAGGAAAUGUAAGGCAAAUUGCCUGGAAUGCACAUAAGGGUUAAGGCCAAGACGGAGGAGGGGAGUGUUGUGUUGUGUGUGUGAAACAAUGUUGCAGAAAGAGAGGAGGGGUUCCAGCUUACCUUUUUAAGCCCAGUGCAGGAAGCACAUGUCCUCUUUCUGCUGUUUUUCUCAAAGUUUUCCCCACCCUUCCCUCCCUUUGUUUAUUAUUUUGCAAUCAGUAGGGGGAUCCGUCCUUAUGGUGGUCCCCAGGGACUAGGGCUAUCCGAAGGCUUGAUGAGGGCUAGCCAGCCUAUUUCUGUAAGUCCAAGGACGUUAAGUUUCAGCUCCCCAGGUAUUUC